UCAACUUGGUACUCGUACUAAAAGGAAUCGGUUACAAUUAGGCAAUCGCACAAUCAACAAGGAGAGAGAGAUCUUUGAUUCCUUCCAGCGAGGGAAAUGCAAUUAGACUAAUAUUCCAAUGAGAUAAACAGAAAGUGCCAGAGAGAGAGAUCUGCUCCUCCUCUUUCAACAAAAAAGAAAAGAAAAAGAGAACGAUUGAUAAUAUCUAUACAAGAGACAGAGAGAUUAGAGAAGAUGAGUUCGUCGUUGACAUCAUCAAAAAGUGAAAUAAGGAGUGUAAAAAAGGGAUUAGGAUGGAUGGAAUGGUUAAGAGGAUGGUUUAAUUUAACACAUGAAAUGCUUUUUCAGAGAAUUGUAGCCAGUCAUUUGCAAAAUCCAUUACCUUUACCUCCUCUUACUGAUGUUACUUGCAUCAUUACUGGAUGUACUAGUGGAAUUGGUCUUGAAACAGCCAGGCAAUUAGCCGAGGCAGGAGCACAUUUAAUCAUGGCUGUUAGGAAGCCGAAAGCAGCUCAAGAGUUGAUUCAGAAGUGGCAGAGUGAACCAUCAGGAUUAGGUCUCCCACUAAAUAUCGAGGUAAUGGAGCUUGAUCUUCUCUCCUUCGACUCCGUCGUAAGAUUUGCUGAAACGUGGAAUGCACGUUUAGUACCUUUGCAUGUUUUGAUAAAUAAUGCAGGCAUCUUUUCAAUUGGAGGGCCACAGCGGUUUUCAAAAGACAAGAACGAAGAGCACAUGCAAGUGAACCAUCUGGCUCCAGCGCUGCUUUCGCUAUUGCUUUUACCUUCUCUUAUUAGAGGAUCUCCCAGCCGAAUUGUCAAUGUGAACUCCACUAUGCAUUAUAUUGGCUUUGUUGACCCAGAAGACAUGAAUAUGGUUUCUGGGAGAAAAAAAUACUCGAGUAAGAUGGGAUAUGCAAAUAGCAAACUAGCACAGAUCAUGUUUAGCAGCAACCUUCAGAAGCGUCUGCCUUCUGAAUCCGGAAUUAGUGUGUUGUGUGUAUCACCUGGAAUAGUCGAUACGAAUGUUGCAAGAGAUCUACCAAAAUGUGUUCAAUCGGCUUACCAUCUGAUCCCUUAUUUUAUUUUCUCUCCUCAAGAAGGUUCUAGAAGUACUCUAUUUGCAGCAACUGACCCUCAGGUUCCAGAAUACUGUGAGGCUUUAAAAUCAGAUGAUUGGCCUGUUGGUGCUUUCAUCUCUUAUGAAUGUCGUCCUGCGAACCCUUCAGAAGAAUCCCAUAACUUACCAACAUCCAACAGGGUCUGGGAGAAAACAUUGGAAAUGAUUGGGCUUUCUCCAGACGUCGUAGAGAAAGCUCUAGAAGGUGAACCAAUCAAGUGCCGCUACGACGGUGACAAACAAGAGUAGUGUAUUUUUCAGCGUUUAUUAUGAACAGUGUGGUCAUGAAGAUAUUGCCCUAAAUCUUUCUGCUUCAUCUUCUUCCUGUUGAUGUUAGAGGUUUUGUCCAUUGAUACAGAAACUGCUACCAGUGGAAGCUGUUCCAAAUGUAUUCUACACGUGAUUAUUAUUAAUCUGUAUCAUAUAUUUUCAAGAUGAGAGGAAACAUGGAUAUGAUUAAUGAAGCAAGAUGGUCACUAUGAUGAGAGACUACUUUUGGAGCGUGGUCUCCUUAUUGAACUCUUGAUGGUUGGUUGCUAAUA